AUGGAUCGCCAAUUGCUUGCUCGAGCAACAGAAAACUCUGAUGCACCGACGCCAGGGUACAUGUACAACGACAUUGCCAAGAAUGCUGCGUCGAAUCCUGCCGUUUGCAGCGACGUUGCAAAGUACUUGACUGGGAGACUCGCUUCCAAAAACAAUCAUAACAUCAAGUACAAGUGCUUGAAAGUAGUUUCCAAGACUGCAACGUCUCCUUAUCUCAGGGGACAAUUCAAGAGGUGCCUAUCAAUCGAUCCUCAAGCCAUGGGAGCAAUCAAGGAGGCUUUGCAAUUUCGUGGUCCCCCAGAUCCAGUCAGAGGCGACGAGCCCUAUGAACGAGUCAGAGUGGCUGCCAAGGAAGCUCUCGAUGCCAUCUACAGCGAUACACCAGCUGAUCAAACAGCAGGAGGCUCCUUUGCAUCUGUGGCCUCAUCCAGUUACGGGCCUUCUGCUGGGCAACAGGGAUUUUCAUCUCAGAGUUAUGUGUCUUCUUCUACCAACCCUGGGGCACGUCGAAUGGAAGGAAUCGGAAAUCCCAUGUUCAAGGACCCUAGGAUGGAACCUGAUACUCCCAACCCAGCUUUGGCAAACGUAAUCAGCGAAGCAAAGGAUACCAUCAUUGGGAUGAUCAAGGAUCCGCUUGCGAGAAACCCAACCGUCGGUGUAAGUCGAAACAGUUAUAAUGGAGGAGGUAGUAGCGGUGUCGGGAGCUACUCUGGUUCAGGUUCGUACAACCCACAAUCAAGCUACCCCCCUGGCAGAUCGGAGUUGAUGCAACAAACCAAUGGUCAAUGGACUAUGAAGUCAAACCGAGGGCCGGAAGCUGUUGCACCUCCUCCAAAUUAUCACAAUGAUUCGGCGUACUACAAAUCUCAAGAGUCUGGAAAUGCUUAUGCGUGGGCGCAAAAAUCAGCUGGAAGUUCUGGAGGCGUAGGGGGAAGCUGGGCAAGCAGUGCCCCUAGUGGUGGAUCUCAAGCAAGGCAACCAUCAUAUGCAGAACAGCACCAAUCAACACCUUCCAUAACCAUAUCAGGUGGAACUACAAAUCUCAGCGGAGGUGGUGGUACCGCUUUGGCUGAUGGCUCGUACGAAAAGCAGUUGGUUAUGGAGCUUUGUCCACCUGGAGGCAUGAAAGCCGAACCGCCUCCAGAUAAGCUGAACUCUUUCGCUCGGUCUGUUGCAAGCCUCAACCCUGAUCUCGUGUGUCCGGUCCUUUUGGACUGCUUGGAAGACGGACAACCAUGGAUUAUCAGAGCAAAAGCAUUAUGCGUAAUGGAAUGUUGUAUUCGGAAUGGACAGAAACCUGGUGCUGGAAAUAAUCCGUACGCAGACUUCUUUCAUGCGUGUGGGGCCGAGAUUGCACCGCUAGCCAAUCAUCCUCGAGCUGCAAUCAAGGAUCCUACGAAGCGCGUUCUUAGUCUACUUGGAAUUGCCGUCCCUGUUGGUUCUUCCGCUGCUCCUGUCUCGCAUCAGUCUGCCACAGCCGCUUCAGCAUCUCCACCUCCAGUGACCGCUCCAUCUCCAGCUGAACCAGUUCCCAAUCUUCUUGACUUUGGAGACACUGUAGAGUGUGCAAAACCACCCCCAGAGCAGCCACCUCCGCCGCCUCCAGCCGAGGGCAAUUCGCUUUUCGGUGGUCUGACAGUGGCUGGAGCACCUGCAGCACCUCCCGCCUCCCCCUCGAGUGGUAACCUCCUGGGAGAUUUGAUGGACGGGGUUGAACAUGGUCCUUCUCCACCUUCAGGCCAAAAUAUGUUUGGAGGUCUGAAUGUAAAGUCUGAUGAAACAGUAGCAGCUAAGGAAGUCGCCCAGGCUUCCUCAAUGUUUGAGAGCUUGGAAGUAAAGUCAGAGGAAACAGAAACAGAAGUGAUCGCUCCUGCCCCAGCAGCUUCUGCAUUUGGUUUCAUGAACCAAGCAGCCGCAACAACUGAGACCACGACAACGGUGUCUAAGGAGACGACCCAGGCCGUAGCUUCCUCAGCUGUUCCGUCUUCAUGGGAUUCUUUCGAUCCCUUGAAUAGUAAUGUAACGCCAAACACUGCAAAGAAAAUGGCGCAAGCACCCCCACAGCAGAUGCAAGCACUAGCAUACCAGCAAAUGAUAAUGCAACAACAGAUGCAGAUGGCACAAAUGAUGGCAAUGCAACGAGGUCAGCCAGGAAUGUUUCAACAGAUGCCCGGAAUCAUGGCGGGAAACAUGGUGAUGCGAAAUCCAGCUGCUGCUAGAACAUCCUUUGCAUUUCCCGAUGGAGAGUCGAAGAAGAAAGACGACAAAUCUUUUGACUUUGUGAAGGAUGCUAUCACGAUGGAAAAAAAGAAGUAG